UAGUCACUGCCUUUGACACAAAACUCAAACGCAGGUGAAUAUCCCAUCAGAUAACUGUUGCUCCCAUAAAGUCCCACCCCAUCCUGCCUCAUGUAUCAAAUACAUUCCUUAUCGCGCCUCAAAAGCUUUCUCUCAUAUGCACCCUAAUCCAUCACCUCACCACCACAAACCUUUUCAACCAACCACCUAUUCAAGUCAACAUAGUGCUUCACAAUGCCCAAGAACGUCUUUGACUGGGAGCCAAUCUGCGCCACCCUCAUAGAGGGGCGCGGUCCCGCAGACCUCCCUCCUCCGGCACUCUUCAUGUCAACCGCCAGGGCCCUCAUUGUCAAUCUUCAUCAGGAAAAGAAGAUUCCGAUUCGCAGACUCAUUCGUGACUGCAAGGAGAUGAGAGACAAUAGCGGGGACGUCUUCAAAAUACAAUUCGGGAACUUGCCGGUGAAGGUCAUCAUCCGUCGCCAGUUCUUUCAGCUUACUUUGACCUGGCUGGAGGGCAUGCUGCAGAAGGCUUAUGAGACUGCUGUUGCUGGGGUGGAUGAUUAUGAUGGUGUCCCAAGCGACCAGGAUAUUCUCAACUCGGAGCCUGACUGGGAGGAAGUCACUGGGUUGGAGGAUUGGGUCUGGGUUGAAAAAACCGAUGUCGAGGCUUGAUUGAGCUUGGAAGACAGCCUCGCUCUUCUGUUUCUCAAGAACACUCCUUUCUGAGGGUGUCAUGCGGUGCAACUCAAAAAUCCAUCAAGAAAGCCAGACGAGCUUUUCCAGGUAUUAACCUUUCAAUACCUUAUCUGUGAUUUUUUGUGCCACGUACUAAAGAGCCACAAUUUUCUCAUGUCAGCACACAAAGGUAAUGC